AUGUCGCACACCGCGAACUACGACAAACUAGAGCCUUCGGUGCCGCUCGAAGAAGAGACUCUGCGUCACUACAAGGCCGAACGAUACUAUCCUAUGAACAUCGGUGAUGUGUUUCAGGAUAGAUAUAGCAUCAUUGGCAAGCUUGGAUAUGGCACAAGUUCCACUGUCUGGCUGUGCCACGACUUGCUCACACCCCAGAAGUACGUUGCGCUGAAGGUGUACGUCAACAGCGGCAAGCCUCUUCGCGAACUAUCGAUUUACGAGCACAUCAAUCGUGUGGAGUCUAAGCACGGUGGACGUGCUCGCAUCCGCGCGCUUCUCGACUCAUUCGUCGUUAGUGGGCCGCAUGGCGAACACACUUGCCUUGUUCACGAGGCUCUCGGCAUGAACAUGGAAGAGCUGAAAGAGCUCCUCGGAGAGAUUCCACCCGAUUUCAUUCAGCAGUGUCUGCGUGACAUACUGCGUGCAAUCCAUUUCUUGCACCAAGAGGCUCAUGUCAUCCACACUGACGUACAACCAAAGAACAUUCUGAUGGGAGUCCUCAAGACCGACACGGCUUUUGAGAGAUACCAGCAAGACGAGGUCGAGAAGCCUUCGCCACGCAAAGAAUUGCCCGAUCGGACAAUUUACGUGUCCCGACCAAUGCGAUAUACGCUAGGCUUGCCGUCGCUGUCCGACUUCAGCGAAGCACGAUUUGACGAGCCACAGAACAGCGGUCUCAUAAUGCCUGAUGUCUACCGCGCGCCCGAGGUGAUCCUAGGCAUGCCCUGGGGCCACUCCGUUGACCUAUGGGGCUAUGCUAUGACGAUUUGGGAUCUUUUUGAGCCAAGGAAGCUCUUCAACACGCAAGAUGUGGACGGGCGCUACUCUGAAGCCAUUCAUUUGGCACAGAUGGUGGCUAUCAUGGGACCCCCUCCGCUCGAAUUCUUGAAGCGCUCGGAACGAAGCCGGCUGUUUUGGGAUGCGCAAGGCAACUGGCAGUGUGAUGUUCCAAUUCCUGAUAUGACGCUCCACUCCAAGGAACAAAGAUUGCACGGCGAAGAGCAAAAGUUCUUCCUCGAAUUCAUGAUGAAAACACUUCGAUGGGAUCCGGAUGAUAGGAGCGCUCUCGAACACGUGUUCAUGGACGAAUUUCUGCUGGCCGACCUGAUUGCAAAGGGCGAGGUUGUGCACAAGGAAUGA